UGUCUUUUUCAUUUUAGCUUAAAAAUGGCAGAAACAACACUUACCUUCUCCGCCGCUAAAACUUCAUCUGAUCCCCAAGCGCGAGGAUGUUUGAUCAUCGGGCAACCGCGAAACCUUCAGGCUGUUACAUUUGAUCAUUUUGCUGAAAAACUUUCGCCACGAGUUGACGCCGCGACAUUUAAUCUUGUGCUUCACACCAUGGCGGGUUCAGAUGCUUGUCCAGUUUGGCUGAAUCAAAUGGUUAUUGGUGCUCUUCCUAACAAAUCCAGUCGUCAUAACUCUCCAGCCAGUCCUCACUUCCUCAACAAGCUUGUCUGCAGCCAUCUUCCAGGAGGGGAUGCUUGUAUUGUGGUUGUCUGCGAGAGAGGUGAUGCUUUUGCUUCAGCCUGUGCCAUUUCAAGGGCUUUCCCAACUUAUUCAAGAAAGUCCUCUAAAGCUGUUAAAUUGUUAUCAAGGACUGUUACUGUAGAGUUUAUUCUGGUUGGAAACAAUGCUUCUCCAAUCUCAAGUGAAGAUGCAGCUUGUAUGAAUGUAGUUGCAGACAGCAUCCGUCUGAGUGCUCGCCUGGUAGAUAUGCCAUGUGGAGAUAUGCACACCACUGCAUUUGUGCAGGAAAUCACUAAAGUUGGCGAAGAACUAGGUAUUGUUCCAGUGAUAGUCAAAGGAGAAGAACUUGAUCAAAAAGGUUUUGGAGGAUUGUAUGGAGUUGGAAAAGCAGCAGUCAACCCACCAGCCUUAGUAAUACUGAGUCAUACACCCAUGUCAGCUACACGGACCAUAGCUUGGUGUGGAAAAGGGAUUGUGUACGACACUGGAGGACUAUGCAUCAAAACGAAGACCUCUAUGCCUGGGAUGAAAAGAGACUGUGGAGGAGCAGCUGGCAUUCUGGGAGCUUUUAGAGCUGCAGUAAAGCAGGGCUUUACUGAGAAUCUUCAUGCUGUGUUCUGCAUGGCAGAAAAUGCUGUUGGUCCUCAUGCCACCAGACCAGAUGACAUUUUGACUUUAUACUCAGGAAAAACUGUUGAAGUUAACAAUACAGACGCUGAGGGCCGCUUAGUCCUUGGAGAUGGGGUGGCAUACGCAAAGAAGGAUCUUCAUGCCGACGUCGUUCUAGACAUGGCCACUUUGACUGGUGCCCAGGGUAUCGCAACAGGACGCUACCAAGCGUCACUUUUGACCAACAAAGAGAUCUGGGAACCAGCUUGUGCUGCGGCGGGAAGAGCAAGUGGAGACCUGGUGUUUCCCGUGCCAUAUUGCCCAGAACUUCAUUUCUCGGAAUUUUCAAGUGCAAUAGCAGAUAUGAAAAAUUCAGUGGCAAAUCGUGAUAAUGCUCAGGUGUCCUGUGCUGGCCUUUUUAUUGGUUCCCACUUAGGAUUCGAUUUCCCAGGAAGCUGGUUGCACAUUGACAUGGCUGCUCCAGCUCAUAUGGGUGAAAGGGCAACGGGUUACGGAGUGGCUCUCUUGGUCACCUUAUUUGGAAAAGCGUCCUCGUCGAAACUUCUUCAGAGUAUCGCGCCCGACCUACCGGCAAAGGACUCUGGGUUUGGCUUUUGAAGAUGAUUAUAGUGUGUCGUCGGGCCGAGCAAAAUGGCUGAUGGGUCCAAGAUUUGCUUAGGGAAGAAAUAUUUCAACUGAAAUUUGAAAUUCAACUCACGGCUUUGAAUUUUGGCCUUGUAGGAAUUCUGAUACACACUCCAAUUUUCUUCUCAUUUACUCUUCUCCAAUAUACUUAGUAACAGAAAACUUAUGCCGUCAAAAAUGCAUUUUUGUUUUUUCUCUACACAUGUGGUACUUGAUGUUGUUCCUACAUCAGGGAUGGGCGUUGAUUGUGAACGGUAAAAUCAAGUGAAAUAAAAACAAAACUAAUUUACCCAA